AUGGGAUUGUGGGACGUGGAAGACUAUGGCACCAUCGCUGAUAGGGCUUGCUGGUCUAUGUUCGCAGUCACAGUUUUCUUCGUGGCGUUGAGAGUCGGCACUCGCAUAUCCAGCAAAGGCGGUGGCCUUGGCAUGGACGACUAUAUCACCGUAUUCUGCGUCGUUGUGAUGCUCGUCACUUGCAUCCUGAUCACAAUCGGCACCCAGUACGGUCUUGGACGGAGAAUGGAGGCCAUCGAUCCCCCAUUGAUACCGCGAGCUCUCAAGUGGAAUGUAAUCAUCAGUUCGGUACUGAUAUGGACGUUUUCGCUACCCAAGUUCGCCAUCGUCGCUAUUCUCGAGCGCAUUCUGAACUACGGCCUCAAGACGACGAUACUAUUCUGGGGCCUCGCGCUCAGCUCCCAGGCCUGUAUAUUGGCUACCUCGGUCUGGUGGUACAAGCAAUGCGAUCCGGUCGAAUUCGGCUGGAACAGAACCAUACCAGGCGGAAAAUGUGCCAGUACCAAGGUCAUGUCAGAUUUGGGCUAUUUCACUUCGGCCUACUCUGCCUUCCUAGAUGUAUUCUUCGCUGUGUACCCGAUUCCAUUCAUUAUGCGCCUCAACAUGCCACUCAAGAACCGCAUCCUGGUCUCGAUCGCGUUGGGCCUCAGUAUCCUGGCCUUCAUCCUCACCAUCUACAAACUCACAAUCUUUGGGAAAUUUUUGUAG